AGGAAGCACACGCUGAAUUGUCACCGCAUGAAGCCGGCUCUCUUCACUGUCCUCUGCGAAAUCAAAGAAAAAACAGGGCUGAGCAUCCGGAGUUCGCAAGAGGAAGAGCCGGUGGACCCACAGCUGAUGCGCCUGGAUAACAUGCUCUUGGCCGAGGGGGUGGCCGGACCCGAAAAAGGGGGUGGCUCUGCGGCAGCGGCAGCGGCGGCGGCGGCGGCAGGAGGGGUGUCCCCCGACAACUCCAUCGAGCACUCGGAUUACCGCAAUAAGCUUUCGCAGAUCCGCCAGAUCUACCACUCCGAGCUGGAAAAGUACGAGCAGGCCUGCAAUGAGUUCACAACCCACGUGAUGAAUUUGCUUCGAGAGCAAAGCCGCACACGCCCGGUGUCGCCUAAGGAGAUUGAGCGCAUGGUCAGCAUCAUCCAUCGGAAGUUCAGCUCUAUCCAGAUGCAGCUGAAGCAGAGCACGUGUGAAGCUGUCAUGAUCCUGCGUUCCCGCUUCCUGGAUGCCAGGCGGAAGCGACGCAAUUUCAGCAAACAAGCCACCGAGGUCCUGAAUGAAUAUUUCUACUCCCACCUGAGCAACCCGUAUCCCAGCGAGGAGGCCAAGGAGGAGCUUGCCAAGAAAUGCGGCAUCACCGUCUCGCAGGUCUCAAACUGGUUCGGGAACAAGCGCAUCCGCUAUAAGAAGAACAUCGGCAAGUUCCAAGAGGAAGCCAAUAUUUACGCCGUGAAAACGGCGGUCAGCGCCGCACAGUCCUCCCAUCUUUCCUCAAAUUUUCUCACAGGCUCCGGGGGCUCCUUCAAUCUGUCCAAUUCGGGGGAUAUGUUCAUGGGCCUUCAGGGGCUGAAUGGAGACUCCUAUUCUACAUCACAGGUGGAGUCGAUGCGUCACUCCAUGGGGCCUGGUGGCUAUGGGGACAAUAUGGCUGCCAGCCAGAUGUACAGCCCACGAGAAAUGAGGGCCAAUGGCGGCUGGCAGGAAGCAGCCACUCCUUCUUCCGUCACCUCCCCAACAGAAGGUCCCGGCAGCGUCCACUCUGACACCUCCAACUGA